UAGUCCUCCAUUUCUGUGAUUGUAUCAUCAUUUUCAUUUCAUCAAAAGCUAAGCUAGCUAGUAGUCAGUAAAUUCUAUGGCUAAAGCAACUCUCACUCUUUUGCUCCUGCUCUUGUCCUUCGCUUCAGAAAUAUUGGUAAUGGUAAAUGGGCAGAAAACUUGGUGUGUGGCCAAACCUUCAACAGACCAAGCGACCCUUUUAGCAAAUCUGAAUUUCGCAUGCUCUCACGUAGAUUGUCGGAUUCUUCAAGGUGGAUGUCCAUGCUCCUCUCCGGAUAAUCUCAUGAAUCAUGCCUCUAUAGCCAUGAAUCUAUACUACCAAGCUAAGGGAAGGAACCAGUGGAACUGUGAUUUUAGGUGCUCUGGUCUUAUUGUCAUGACUAAUCCAAGUUAUGGCGACUGCAUCUAUGCAUAAUUUUGAGCAGAACUGCCUCCUUCAAAGGACAUGCACCUUGAUCUAUUUUGGUGAUGUGGUGUGUACUGUGUAGAAACUAUGACAAUGUCACUAAUAAAUAUGCAGCAGGAUGCAUGCUUUGUUCUGUAGGAC